AUGAAUAGUGCUGAGUCUACGAAUUGUCCAGGUUUUAAGCUGUGGAACAACGUGGCGUCCUGCAUGGAGAAAUGGUUCGGUGAUAAACGGCUCUGGUUAUUUGGUAACAACUUGCCGCUGUUACCAAGAAGAGAUGAAAUUACAGUGACAGCGAUGAAGGGAGAAAUCAAUAUAUCCAUUGUAUCGCCUUAUGUUGUGUCCGCAAGAUCAAGGGCAAGCAGUCGCGCUAUGGAGAGAUAUGAGAAACUGGCGAAGCUCGGUGAGGGUUCCUAUGGCCUCGUGUACAAAUGCCGCAACCGGGACACGGGCGAGAUCGUUGCCGUAAAGAAAUUUGUGGAGAACGAAGAUGAUCCGCUUAUACGCAAAAUUGCUCUUAGAGAAAUACGCAUGCUAAAGAAUCUAAAGCAUCCGAACCUCGUUAAUUUAAUCGAAGUAUUCCGCCGUAAGCGUAAACUUCACCUGGUGUUCGAGUACUGCGACCACACUGUGUUGCACGAACUAGAGAAAUAUCCAUCCGGCUGUCCAGAACUACUAUCGAAACAGAUAAUCUGGCAAACUUUGCAAGGUGUCGCGUAUUGUCACCGACACAACUGCAUACAUCGCGAUGUGAAGCCGGAGAACAUUCUGCUGACCAGCGAUGGUGUAGUCAAGCUAUGUGACUUUGGAUUCGCGAGGAUGAUCAGCCCCGGGGAGAGCUAUACGGACUACGUGGCUACGAGGUGGUACCGGGCGCCGGAACUGCUAGUUGGUGACACCAUGUAUAGUACACCGGUGGAUGUUUGGGCUAUUGGAUGCGUGUUCGCGGAGUUGUUAUCAAGCGAAGCGCUGUGGCCCGGAAAGAGUGACCUCGACCAGCUCUACCUCAUCAGGAAGACCCUAGGAGACCUGCUGCCCAGGCAUAUGACGAUUUUCUCACAGAAUACUUUCUUCCAGGGCAUGGCGUUACCAGAGCCAACCACAUUGGAACCCCUUGAAAAAAAGAUACCGCAACGAUACGCUCACAACGAAUUAGUAUUAGACUUUUUAAAGAAAUGCCUCGACAAAGACCCGAUGAUGCGGUGGACUUGUGAACAAUUACUACGACACCCAAUAUUCGAAAAUUUCUUAUUUGCCGUGCCCCAUUCCGAUCAUGAGGACUUUGAAAAAGCAAGAAGAACACAGAUACAAUCUUCUCCAAUGCUGCCACAGUUGAUAGUGACGGAACGAUCUCAACCAAAGAAGAAGUCCGAGCUGGACGCGCGCGGGCAUCUCCCCACCAUA